AUGGGCUCGCACGACCACACGUCGGGGCAGCACUUUGACAAUGGGCAGGACUUCAAGGUCUUCAAGCACUCGCCCCGGCGCACAUUCAACCACGCGCUGCACGCCCUGGCGGCCACCGCGCUGGUGCGGAUCUGGCAUAUCCUGCUCUUCACGGGCGCGUGGAGCGCCAUGGUGUGCAUCGUCAACGUCAAGACCAAGGUCAACUUCACCGUCCCCAACACGAUGAUCACGGUGCUCGGUGUGCUGCUCGGUCUGACGCUCAGCUACCGCACCUCGUCGGCGUACGAAAAGUACUCGGACGGCCGUAAGCAGUGGUCCAACAUUACGCUUGCGAGCCGCAACUGGGCUCGAACCGUCUGGUUGAACUGCCCCGACUCGAUCUCCCCGAACGACACGGCACACCACUCCCCCGAGCAGAGGGCGUCAGAUGAGGUUCGCGCCGUGCUUGAGAAGAAGACCGUCGUGCAGCUCGCUCUGGCAUUCGCCGUCGCUGUCAAGCACUACCUCCGCGAGGAGACUGGCAUCUACUACGAAGACCUGCACGACCUCGUGUGCUUCAUCCCGUCGUCGCACUCGCCCUCUGGGCUGGCAGGCCACAGCGCGACCCUCGGCGGCCUGCCCAACCUCAGCGGGCACGACCACGACCGCCCCGGCCCGGCGCAGCACCAGCCUCCGCUGUUCGCAGCUGAAAAGCCCAGAAAGCUGCGCGAGACUGUCAAGGACAGCAUGUUACCCGACUUUGUCCGCACGCGCCGGCGCCAAUCGGCGAGCAACGGUGGCCGGCCGAGCGAGGCGGAGCUCGCGCACAUCUUUGGCGCGCACGGCGAGGGCCAGAACGUGCCCCUUGAGAUCACGGUCUUCAUGGGCAUGUACAUCGCCACCCUGCAGAAGCGCAAGGCCAUCGACCCGCCGACAAUCACGUUCCUCAUGAACACGCUCGGCAUGCUCUCCGACGCCCUGGCCAACCUCGAGCGUAUCGUCACCACGCCCAUUCCAUGGAGCUACGACGCGCACAUCUGGACCGUGUCGUGGAUCUACUGCCUCGCGCUGCCGUUCCAGCUGUGGGCGAGCAAGUUUGCCUGGGUGACAGUGCCCGCGACAGUGCUCACAACGUACAUCGUGAUGGGCUACGCGUCCAUCGCCGAGGAGAUUGAAAACCCCUUCGGAUACGAUCAGAACGACCUCAACCUCGGCUACUACUGCCGCGAGAUCAUCGCCAAGGAGCUCGACGCGGUCACGUCGAGAAAGUACGCCGAGCCCGAGGACUGGAUCUUCUCGCCGCAGAACAAGCCGUUCGGCCGCGACCAGCCCGACACGCAGACGCUCGCACGGAACGCCAAUGUGGCCGACCUUCGCAGUCGCCUCGUCGCCGCCGGUGCAGCUGACUCGAAGCUGGAGACGGCGGUCAGCGGCGAGUCGUCGGUGUCCGCCGUGUAGCCGCCUACGUUUACCCAUUCCGCCAAGCUUUGUCUCGCACCCCGCGGCCGGACCGCUCCAGUGUACAUUCAGUCUGGAUUACGAGAACCCAAU